AUGCGCCUGCGCGUCGCCGCCGCCGGCCUCGUGCCCUUCCUCCUCGUCGCGCUCUACUGGCAGCACGCCUCCUCCAGCGCCGCUGGAAGCGACCGCGCGCUCGUGCGGCAGCAGGCGCGCGACGUGGCGCUCGACUGGGGUCCGCCGACGCUGAGCAGCAAGCGCAUCAUCGACGGCUCGCCAAACUAUCUGCCGGUGCCCAAUGCCGAGGGCCCGGCGCCCGAUGACAUGGCGUGGCGGAAGGAGGUGUCGAGCGACCCGUCGGUGCCAUGCCCGGCGGGCCGGCGGCCGUACCACACUAUCCUCACCGCGCAAGGGUCGCUCUACCAGCAGUGGCAGACAAAGAUCUUCUACUACCACUUCCGCAAGCAGCAGGCGGCGGGAGGACGCUGCACGGAGAUGACUGGCUUCACUCGGCUGCUGGCGGGCAAGCCGGACGAGCUCAUGCCGACCAUUCCGACAGUGGCGGUGCCCGAGGCUGGGCACAACGUGACGCGCGGGUUCCCGGUCAUCAACCGGCCGUGGAGCAUGCUCCUCUUCAUCGACAUGAAGGAGUUUAGGGAGCGCAUCGUCGAGCGGUACCUGGCCGUCGGCUACUUCUUCCCGUACAUGUCGCCAAAGGACCCAAAGUCGGGCGGGAUCGCGCAAAAGUGGCUGCCGGACACGAAGGUUGCGGACAUGCCGCCCGUCGGCCCGUCGCCGAUUCUGAUCCACGUCGACUUGCUCCGCGCCGUGACGCCGCUGUGGUACGAGCUCUCGUGGAAGCUGAAGCGCGACCCCGAGGCCAACGCCGCCUACGGGUGGAUGCUCGAGAUGUGGGGCUACUCGAUUGCCGCGGCGCGCCUGGAGAGCCUUCCCUUCGCGCGCCUCAAGAUCAAGCACUUUGUGUGGCAGCGGAUCCAGAUCGAGCCGUCCGCGGCUUGGCACCAGACGCUCUCGGAGCGGGACGGCGAUUGGGCCCCCGCGGUCGAUCCCUUCAUCUACCACUACACCUUUGGCGUUGAGUAUUUGUUGGAUGGAUCCCCAGUGGUGGGCGGCAAGGGCACGUGGUCGCUGGACAAGCGAAACUACUUCGGCGCCGCGCCGCCGCCCGACCUCAAGGCUCCGCCAGAGUGCGCGCAGGAGGCGGGGCGCGUGUGGUGGGGCAUGUUCAACGAGGCGAUCGGCAACCUCACCAAGGAGGGCCAGUGGUACGGCCGCACGGGGCAGAGCACGCGCUCACGCACCAGCGACGAGAGCACCGAGCUCGAGGCGGCGAUGGGGGCGCUGGGAAAGGAGCUGGUGGACGGCGGUCAGUGGCUGAUUGGCAACGAAAAGGCGCCGCUGCAAUUCUUCCGGCGGGGCAAGCUGUGGACCAAGUGGGGAGGGGGCACGUGGAGGGUGACUGGCGGCACAAAGGUGCACGUCGCGAGGCAGCGGGACAAGCACGCCAUGAAGCUGUGGGUGCCGAUGCGGCACGUCUCGAUGGAGUACACGGGCUGGCGCGACUCGGGGGGGUGCAAGCUGUAA